UUGCUUUGCGAUGCCUUCUCUCGCCACCCAAUCCCCACCGGAGCUCACCGCCCUCGCCGCGGUGCCCGAAACCCACGCCUGGGUCGCCCUCCACGACCGCCCGUACGCCGACGACAGCGUCCCCGUCGUCGACCUCGCGUGCCCCGACGCCGCCCGCCUCAUCGGCCGCGCCUGCGAGGAGUGGGGCGCCUUCCAGCUCACCGGCCACGGCGUCCCCGUCGAGCUGCUUCGCCGCGUCGAGGGUCAGGCGCGACGCCUCUUCUCCCUCCCCUCCGCUCACAAGCUCAUGGCCGCCCGCCGCGACGGCGGCUCCACCGGCUACGGCUCUGCCGCCAUCUCCAAGUUCUUCUCGAAGCAGUUCUGGUCGGAGGGCUUCACCGUCAUCGGCUCCCCUCGCGACGACGCCCGCAAGAUCUGGCCCGACGAUCACGAAGACUUUUGUGGAGCGAUCGAGGAAUACAGCCGGUUGAUGAAUGACCUGGCGCGGAGAUUGAUGCACUCGAUGCUGUUUUCUUUGGGCCUCAGCGAGGAGGAAAUUGGUUGGGCUGCCCCACUAAAAGCCCACCACGAGGGCAUGCCUGCGCUACAGCUGAACUACUACCCCCGCUGCCCGGAGCCCGACCGAGCCAUGGGGCUGGCGGAGCACACCGACUCCAGCCUCAUCACCAUCCUCCACCAGAGCAGCGGCGUCGCCGGGCUGCAGCUCCUGCGCCACGGCGGAGGCGGCGGCGGCGGAGGCCCCCGAUGGGUGGCGGUGGAGCCGGUUACGGAGGCGCUGGUCGUCAACGUAGGCGAUCUCUUCCAGCUGAUGUCCAACGGUCGAUUCCGGAGCGUGAUGCAUCGGGCGGUCGUUGACCGGACUCGAACUCGGAUCUCGGUGGCUUACUUUUGUGGGCCUCCGCCAGAGUUGAAAAUCUCACCCGUUGAGAAGUUGAUGGGCCCCGACCAGGGCCCAGUGUACCGGGGCGUGACUUGGCCUGAAUACUUACACCUGAAGAAGAAACUUUACAACGAAGCUCUCACGUCGCUGAGAUUGUCGGGGGACAAAGAAUGAGAACCCAGAAAAGAUAUCUGUAUAUGAUGAUUUGAUUUUUUGAUCUCGUGGAUGGAUCGAUGGAUGAAGAAAGAAAAUCUGGAUGCUUUAGUUUAUUAUU